AUGGCUGGUUUCCUCUCAGACCUGGUUCAGUACCGGAAGCUGCUGAUGAUGAUCGUGGUGCUAGGCAUCAGUGGAACUCAUCUCAUUGGUUUUCAGAUGUCUGUGAUAAAUUAUGCUUCCCCGCAUAUUCAGAAGUUCAUUAAUGAAACGUGGCUGGAGCGCUACGGCUUGGUGCUGUCCCAGGAGACGCUGACCUUACUGUGGUCCCUCGUCGUGUCUGUGUUUUGUGUAGGAGGCAUGGUGGGCUGUCUGUGUAGUGGGUACCUGACUGCAAAAUAUGGCAAGAAGAAAUGUCUGCUGUUCGAUGAUGUGGUCCUGAUCACAGCCACGCUGCACAUUGGCUUCAGCAGGAGAGCCAGGUCUUUUGAGAUGAUCCUGAUCGGGCGCUUCCUCGAGGGCUUCAGUGCUGGAAUGAAUAUGAAUGCCCACAUGCAGUAUGCUGGAGAGAUCUCACCUAAGAAGCUGCGUGGAUUUGUAAAUGUGACCUCCUCUGUGUUUCUUGCACUAGGAAAAGCUGUAGCAAGAGUUCUUGGGCUACGGGAUCUUUUAGGAAGUGAAGACACGUGGAACCUCCUGUUGUCCUUCCCUGGGGUGAUGGCAUUGAUCCAACUGCUCUUUUUGCCAUUCUUCCCUGAGUCCCCUCCUUAUCUCUUGCUGCAAAAAGGAGACAAGGAUGGUUGCUUGAGAGCCAUGAAGCAGCUCUGGGGAGAAGCGAAUUAUCAUGCAGAGUUUGAUGACUUGAUGAAGGAAAAGGCUACAAAAAAAGGCACUAAAAUCAUGAAUGUCCUCGAGGUGCUGAGGGAACCAUCAGUGUAUCCACAGCUGAUCACUGUGCUUCUCCUUUUGCUGAGCCUGCAGCUCUGUGGCCUGAGUGCAAUCACCUUUUACACCUCAGAAAUCUUUCAGACAGCCAACCUGCAGGAAAGCAUAAUCCCAUAUGUAUCUCUAGGAGUUGCAGUCUCUGAGCUCAUCUCUGUCAUCUUCUGUAGCUCCAUUAUUGACCAUUUUGGACGCCGGAUUCUCCUGUGGGGUGGUUAUUCACUGAUGGCCCUGACCCUGGUGCUGCUUGAAACAAGCCUUCUACUGAGCGAUCGUUUCCUCUGGCUGCCUUACUGCAGUGUUACCCUCAUCUUUUUAUUCAUCAUCGCCUAUGGAAUGGGACCGUCUGGAGCUGUUGCAUCUGUUAUGACCGAAAUCUUCACCCUCACGACAAGGUCCUCUGCUUUUGUCAUUUGUGGAAUCGUCAUCUGGCUGGGCCUUGCUUUCACUGGGAUGAUUUUCCCCUUUGCUGUUAUGCUUCUGGGUCCUUUUUGCUUCCUCAUCUUCAUUGCUGUACUGGUAGUUUCAGCGAUUCUCAUCUAUCUGUUCCUCCCAGAAACAAAAGGAAAAUCAACCUUUGAAAUCACAGAAGAGUUUAAAACCUGCCGGUUUAAGAAGCAACGUCGUCAGGCUGUGGAAGAGAACGCUGCUGAAGAAAAGACUUUCUGCACCAAGCUCUGACAGGCCACCACAGGCAACUUCCACUGCCAGAGAGCCCUGUCUCAAGAUGGAACUGAAAGCUAAAUCUUCACAGGGACUUUCCUCAAUAAA